CAGAUUUCAUUUUCCAUCAUCUCCUCCGUCGUCGCUCCAGAUGAGCCUGCCAAUUCUGGCCCGAUCACACUGUUUCAGACCAAUCGAAAUCUUUUGCGCGGCGACGUGCCAGAUGCCCUUCAUCGGUUGCGCCAGGAUGUCUCGAUGCAAAGCAAGUCGGAGCGCAGACGGUCUGGGCGUUGAGGGCCCGCGGAGAAGUCAGGCCGUCAUCCAGGCUUGUUUUUCGGACGACCGGAUCGUGUUUUUCCAAGGGGCCGAUGUCCGCCGUUCUUUAUCAUGUCUUGAUAUCGAUUGAAACCGGUUUUCAAACUAUGCGAUGUGACGCAUUUCUAUUUCGCAAGUAGAGGACCAUACCGCACGUGGAAAUGAGGGCGCUGUCAGACUCCCGGAGCAUCAGUGGGGUGGUGCCUACGCAACCGUUGCUCGGUCUCUAUAAGAUACACAAUAUCUCGCCAGUGUUGUCCCUCUUUCUCUUUCCCAAACCUCUCUAUCCUUUUUCUGCUCCCUCAGUCAUGGCUUCGGGAACCAAUACCAUGGCUGCAGCACCACCUCCCACUUCCCACACACUUCCCCGUUCACACCGAUUGCGCUUGAUGCGAUCUACCCGCAAGCUCGGGGCACUCCUGGGCGAGACCCCGCUCGUCAUAGAACGAGACGAUCCGGGGGAGGAAUUCGAUGGCGGUCCCCCGGCGAUGGUCCCGAGCACUUCCUCCUAUGCCUCAACUUCCACACUGAAACGCUCCGCUUCAUCGGCCAGCACUAUGUCCCGGACCAGCGUCGGAAUCUAUGUGCGCCGCCAUGCGCGCGGCCACGAUCCAGCCAACCUCAGCAUCUCUUCGCACCAUGAAAUGGAUCCUCGACCGACACUCGUUAUCAAUCUCCCGCCAUCUCACAUGUUUGAUUCCCAUCGCACGUCAUGGUCGUCAUCUCCUUCGACACCCGCCGAGUCGCCUGUCUUGACGCCGGCGACACCGAUAUCGGCAGGCCUCACCACACCCACCGCGGGGGACGAGAGUUCCGCGAGGAGGAGGCAGGUCUUGGCAAAGCUCAGCAGGACACUGGGCGAGAACGUGCCACCCGAGCUGGUGUUUCCUGACCCCAAGGUCCUGGAUAUCCGGGCGUCCGCACCCGCAGUGGAAUCGGCCGCGCGCAAACCCCCACUUCGCAGAGCGAGCACUCUGUCGGCAGGAGUAUACGAAUCCGCACGUCCCACCAACCAGGCUUCCAGCGCGGAAUGGGCCAAGCUGAAGAGGAGGAAGAGCUCUGUCCGACCUUCGAUCGAUUCGUCUGCCACCGAGCGGUCGUAUCAGGUUGUGUCGCUGUCUCGUGAUCCUGCGAUCGCCACCGGCCCCGACGCGGCUGUACCCCGGAGCUGGGCUCCAGGCUAUACCAUGCACCGUGAAGAAGAGGGAUGGUCUGGGGAAUGGGGCGGUCGCGACGUCCGCUCCAUGGAUGAUGUCGUGCGCGGACUGCGCGGAUUGAAGCUCAAGUGAUACUUUGACUAUGCGCUGCAGUUUCAGAUUAAGUUCUCCAAACGACUGCUCUGAAAUCCCAGACAAUGUUUCCACCUACAUCUCUGUAUAACUUUGUAAUCUCUACAGCUACUUGCCUUGUAUUCUCACAAUCCAUUGUCAUCGUCUGUGGACCCUUGCGCGUUGCAUGUGCAAUCUCAUGUGACGUAUCCUGUGACAUCCCGAAGCCGCGACACAUGCCCCGCACCGAGCUUGACUGUUCCUGCCUCCUGCUCCACUUGCCACACACCCUUCACCGGCAAAUGUG